AUGCUUCCUCAGCAAAUGAAGAAAGCCGUUACUGAUAACCCUAAAAAGCUCGCAAACUUGAUCGAUCUCGUUAACCUUCCUCCCACUCUUAGAGACUUCGUCGGAUUGGAGAAUUUAAACUUCGGCGACUUCAAGUUCGCUUCCGUUCCCAAUCAACCACUCCCUUCCACCUCCGGUUGGGGCAACUUCGUCAACCAUUCCAAUCACAUCAAUGGCACCACCAUUUCAAAACCCUCUGAUCCAUUUACAGUUUCCCCGGAUCCCCUCGGGAAAACCGCAAACAAAGCUCGCGGAGCUAUUCCGCUUUCAAUCUUCGGCGAGGAAGAAGAUGAUGAACCUGUUUCUAAUUCCAGUUCCAAUGAUUUUUUCUUCAACGGUGGUGGUGCUGUUGUGAAAAAGGGAUCCGAUUCGAAUGGUUCCGUUGGAAUUAGUGAUUUGAUUUCCAAUUUGUAUCAUCAGCAAAACGGAUCAGCUUUGAAAUCCAAUGUCGGCUCUACCAGUCCGAAGAAAUCGAGUGUAAACGAUUUGAAUCAGGAUGAGGACGACGACGAGGACGAUGGAUGGGAAUUCAAGUCUGCGGAACGGGAAACUGUAAAUGAAAACUUCAAUGUUAAGGUUGAAACGCCCAAGCAUGGUAACAGUGCAGUUGGAGCUGGUGCUUUGUUAGACUCAUCUGACAAAGUUGGUGAAUGGAACCUGGGGUUUGAGUUCAUUCCUAUUUCUGCAUCUCACAGCCUACAGCUAAGUCCGAAAGGUGAAUCAAAUGAAAAUGGAGCUAGGUUUACCAUGUUCAAUCAAACUUUUGGGAAGUUGGCAAAUGCACAUUCAUGGCCAGGAUCAAAUCAAACUUUGUCGCUAUCUGGAUCUCCUUCCAAUUUCCAAGUUUACACUGCUUUAUUGAAACCUCAUGAGAGAAUUAUGGCACUCGAUCUUCCCCAUGGUGGGCAUCUUUCACAUGGAUAUCAGACUGACACCAAGAAUAUAUCAGCCGUAUCUAUAUUCUUUGAAACAAUGUCGUACAAAUUGGACGAGAGCACUGGUUAUAUUGAUUAUGACCAGAUGGAGAAAAGUGCUGCACUUUUUAGGCCAAAAUUAAUAGUUGCCGGUGCUAGUGCUUAUGCCCGCCUUUAUGAUUAUGCACGUAUUUGCAAGGUCUGUGAUAAACAGAAGGCAGUUAUGUUAGCUGAUAUGGCCCACAUCAAUGGAUUAGUUGCUGCAGGUGUUAUUCCUUCUCCUUUUGAUUAUGCAGAUGUUGUAACAAUCAGUUUGCCUUUAUUUUAUGGUCGGGUAUUUGGAAAAGAAAAGCAUGGAUAUGUUCGUAGUAUGGGACUUGGAGUUACACCAUCUCAAAUUAAUAGAUCUACGAGAUCGACAUCUUCUUCUGCAGAAAGUGAACAAAUAAAGGAAAUGCAAGAAGAAAUUAAUGCACUUAAAGAAAAGAAUUCAAAAAUUGAUGAAUUAACACAGGCAAUCAUAUUCUUAACGCAAAGGGACAAGGCGAGGACAAAGGAAAUUGAACUCUUAAUGCAAAUGCAGAAUUUUAGUGGAAGACAGGGAUUGGAAUCACCCGCUGAUGGUAGACGUUCAUCUGAGUCUAGCUACCGUAUUGGAGAUAAUGGAACUUCAGGGGGGACAAAUUAG